CAUAACAUCAACAACAACACGAACACGAACACAAACCACGAACAUAAACACAACACAAAUAGAGUAGCCGCUGCGCUUACAACAACUUCCCCACUUUGAGCUUCGGAUUCAUUCAUUUCAAAAUUCAAACGAUGACAAAGAAAAGAGAGAACAAGGGAGAACCACUUCACCGUCAAAAUCUCAAAGUUGAUGAAGUCACCAGGAUUCGCAUUUCCCAGAUUUUAGAACAGUUUCGAGCUUCCAAAGAUGAAGUGUACAAGUUUGAUGCUAGUUUGUCCAACCAAGAGCGUGCUUUGGUCCAUCAAUUAUCCCUCAAAAUGGGGUUUAGAUCUAAAAGUUCUGGGCUUGGGAAGGAUAGGAGAGUGUCUGUUCAAAAAAUCAAAAAGAAGGUUGACACCAAUAAUGGGUUUGAGAGGCUUCCUCAAUUCACAUUUUCUGAGGAGUCAAAGUGGGUACUAGGCGAUUUAUUUUCUCAUUAUCCACCUGGUGAUGGAAACUUGUGGGAGAUAAUUGGAGAAAAUAGUGACACUAUUGAGAAAACAAAACAAAAGAAGGAUGAUAUGUUUGGCAGGCCCUCUAUGACUAAAGCUGAAAUUGCUAGGAAAUUGGAAGCCCUUGCCUCUAGAAUGAACAGUGUCUCUAACUUGAGACAGAUCAUUGAAGACAGAUCUAAGCUUCCAAUUGCAUCUUUCAAGGAUGUUAUUACAUCAACCGUUGAAUCUCACCAGGUAGUUCUCAUAUCUGGUGAGACUGGUUGUGGAAAGACUACGCAGGUUCCUCAAUUUAUUUUGGAUCAUGUGUGGGGUAAGGGAGAGGUUUGUAAAAUAGUAUGUACUCAGCCUCGGCGUAUCUCUGCAACUUCAGUUUCCGAGAGAAUUGCCACUGAGAGAGGAGAGACAAUUGGAGAAAAUGUUGGAUUUAAGAUACGGUUAGAAAGCAGAGGUGGAAGGCAAUCAUCAAUCGUGCUAUGCACCACUGGAGUUCUAUUAAGGGUCUUGGUUUCUAAAGGUUCUCAUUGGUCAAAGAAAGGGCCUGGGAAGGAUGACGGUUCUGGCAUCACUCACAUAAUUAUGGAUGAAAUUCAUGAAAGGGAUCGAUACUCAGACUUCAUGUUGGCAAUCAUCAGAGACAUGCUCCCUUCAUAUCCUCACCUACGUCUGAUAUUAAUGAGUGCUACCAUUGAUGCUGAGCGAUUUUCUCAAUAUUUUGGGAGCUGUCCAAUCAUCCAUGUUCCAGGGUUCACUUAUCCGGUCAAAACUUUCUAUUUGGAGGAUGUACUUUCUAUUAUAAAAUCCAGUAAUGAUAACCAUCUUGAUAGUACCACAUGUAGUAUUCCAAUAAUAAAUCGUGAGCUAAGUGAAGAAGACAAGCUUUCUGUUGAUGAAGCUAUUAAUUUGGCUUGGUCUAAUGAUGAUUGGGACCUGCUCUUAGAGUUAGUUUCUUCUGAAGGAAGCCCAGAACUUUUUAAUUACCAACAUUCUUUAACUGGCCUUACUCCGUUAAUGGUGUUUGCCGGAAAAGGCAGAGUGGGUGAUAUGUGCAUGCUCUUAUCUUUUGGGGCAAAUUGCAAUUUAAGGUCCAAAGAUGGAAUGACUGCACUGGAGAUUGCUGAAAGGGAAAACCAGCUGGAAGUUGCUGAAAUAAUUAAGAAGCACAUGGAUGGUGAUUUUUCCAACUCCAUGGAAGAGAAAAAGUUACUUGAUAAAUACCUUGCAACAGUUAACCCGGAACUUGUUGAUGAUGUUCUGAUAGAGCAGCUGAUAAGGAAAAUAUGCAUUGAUUCAACAGAUGGGGGGAUCCUUAUUUUUCUUCCAGGAUGGGAUGAUAUAAACAGAACACGUGAGAGAUUGCUUGCAUCACAUUUUUUCAAGAAUUCCUCGAAGUUUAUGCUUAUAUCUCUGCAUUCGAUGGUUCCAUCUGUGGAGCAAAAGAAGGUUUUUAAGCGUCCACCUCAUGGUUGCCGCAAAAUUGUACUAUCAACCAAUAUUGCUGAAACGGCUAUCACCAUUGAUGAUAUAGUGUAUGUCAUAGACACUGGACGGAUGAAGGAAAAAAGUUAUGAUCCUUAUAACAAUGUGUCUACUCUUCAGUCAUCUUGGAUCUCAAAAGCAAGUGCUAAGCAGCGAGAGGGACGUGCUGGCCGCUGUCAACCUGGUAUAUGCUAUCAUAUAUAUUCAAAGCUUCGAGCAACUUCCUUGCCUGAUUUUCAGAUUCCAGAAAUUAGGAGAAUACCUAUUGAGGAGCUUUGUCUGCAGGUGAAGUUACUUGAUCCAAGUUGCAAAAUAGAAGAAUUUCUAGGCAAGACAUUAGAUCCUCCAGUUUUUGAGUCCAUACGAAAUGCUAUUGUAGUUCUUCAAGAUAUUGGGGCAUUGUCAACUGAUGAAAAACUCACCCAGCUAGGGGAGAAGUUUGGUUCUCUUCCUGUUCACCCAUUAAUCUGCAGAAUGCUUUUUUUUGCUAUCUUAAUGAAAUGUCUUGAUCCAGCUUUAACUCUUGCAUGUGCAUCUGAUUGUCGAGAUCCAUUUACACUUCCAAUGUUACCUGAAGAAAAGAAGAGAGCUGCAACUGCCAAAUCUGAGCUUGCUGGUUUAUAUCGGGGUUGUGGUGAUCAGUUUGCCAUAAUAGCUGUAUUUGAAUGCUGGAAUAAUGCAAAGAAAAUGGGUCUAGAAGCUCGUUUUUGUUCUCAGUAUUUUGUGUCUUCAAGUGUCAUGCACAUGUUAUCUGGCAUGCGUAGGCAACUCCAAACAGAGCUAGUUCGAAAUGGGUUUAUUCAUGAAGAUGUUUCAAGUUACAGUGUGAAUGCAUAUGACCCUGGUGUGCUCCAUGCAGUUUUGGUAGCGGGUUUGUAUCCAAUGGUUGGGAGAUUCUUACCAAAUAAAAGUGGAAAAAGGCUUAUAAUUGAAACAUCAGGCGGUGAUAAAGUUCGCUUGCACAAUCAUUCCACAAAUUUUAAGUUGUCAUUCAAGAAAAAUUUAGAUCAAACUUUAAUUGUGUAUGAUGAGAUUACUCGUGGUGACGGGGGUAUGAACAUAAGGAAUUGCACUGUUGUUGGACCACUUCCCCUCUUGCUACUUUCAACAGAGAUUGCUGUUGCUCCAGCAAAAGAUAAUGAUGAUGGGGAUGAUGAUGAUGAGGGAGGGAGUGAAGAUGAAGUUGGAAGUGAAGAUGGGAUGGAGUUUGAUACCAAGUCCAGUGGAUGCUGUGAGGAUAAGUUGAUGUCUUCUCCUGAUAAUAUGGUUAGGAUAAUCAUGGACCGUUGGCUUUAUUUUCGUUCAACAGCAAUUGAUGUUGCUCAGCUAUAUUGCUUGAGAGAGAGAUUAUCAGCAGCAAUUUUAUACAAAGUGACACAUCCAAGGAACACUCUUCCUCCCAUACUAGGGGACUCCAUGCAUGCUAUUGCUCGAAUUCUGUCUUGUGAUGGAUGCACUGGCUUGCCACUGACCUUAGAUAAUGUGGACACAUUGACCACUAUGGUAAAUGCAACAAAUCUAGGCAAACCAGAAGCAGAGAUGAAACGUUUGGGUAAAAGACCAAAAGGGUCCUUUCCAGAGUAUGAUAGGAACCAGACCUGUGGACCUUCUUCUAAAGCAUAGGAAAUUCAAGUGGGAUCAACCCCAAACCUGACACCCCUUUCUCUUGAUAAUGGUUCAAACGGAAGUUGAUUGUAUGUUCAGUAUUGACAGAACUUUGGCUAGAAAGUCUGACGAAAGGUUGCAUUCAGCUUAUAUAGAAUACAAAUCCCAACAGUGAAGAUUAAAUGAGUUCAGCUUACAUAGAAUACAGAUCCUGGCAGAAAAAUCUCAGUCAAAAGAAUUGCCUUGUCAUUCAUUGUGCAAACAACUGAAUGUGGGGAAGCGUCAGUAUGUAAUGGUGUGUUUGAAAACCCUUGAUAAUCACGCUAAAUUACAUUUUAAUGUGAAAGCUAUAACCUGUAGAGUUGGAAUGGAUAUAUGUUUUAGUAGAUUUAAUGCCAAUCCAAACACGCCAGCAGAAUCUUGGUUGGCAGAUUUGUACCACAACCUUCAGGUAUAUGUGCACUGAGAUAGUCGGCCACACAAUUAAAAGAUCAUUUUUGUUUCAACCCGUCUGUAUAACAUCUUAGUCAAAUGUUUGUAAAUUCUAGCCACCCUCAACACUUGCUAACUUCUAGUGUGAAUGUUAAAUGUUUGUAAACUUUUAACAUGAAAAGUAGUAAGAUGUAGAAUGAUUAAUGAAACCAUAUAUUAUGAAGUCGUCAAAAGAGGAACUAGAUUUAUGCACCGAAUGCUUUGAGCUAAUCAUAAUAUUGGUUUAUUU